AUGGCGUCGCCCUCGAAUCCAAAUGAGGAAAACCUUUCAAUUGAGAAGCCUACAACAUUAGAAAUCUCUGCGGCUUUUCCUGCCUCUUCUGAUUCCGUUUCCAAGUCAUGGGAGGCCGAGGGAGAACAAGAAAUAUCGAUGAAAACAGUGAUAGCAUUGCCGAAAAAGCGGGCAGUGGAUCGACAUGUGAAAGUGGAAGGGCGUGGCAGGAGGAUCCGGAUGUCGUCGGAUUCCACAGCGAGACUAUUUGAGCUGACAAGGCAGCUAGGCCUCAAAUCAGAAGGCGAGACCAUCCGUUGGUUGCUGAAAAACGCGGAGGCUGAUAUUAUUAGAGCCACAGGGAGCGGCACUAUUCCGGCGAUCGCAACAUCGGUGGGCGGAACUUUGGUGGUUCCAAGGGUAACAACAGGAGAGGCCGCAGCAACAACAUCAAAUGCAGGGAGUGGCGAAGGCCUAUCAGAAUCGUGUGGGUUGGCUCCCAUUUAUUCUGCUGCACCUCGAGGGCCUUGA